AUGUCGUUGUGUCAGAACCGUCUCCAAGAAGAGCGCAAUGGCGUCGCGACCACCCAUUUGGCUUUGUCGCAAAGCCGAAACAGUGCUCCGCAGGGUGGCCUGGACCUGAAGAACUGGGAAUGUGCUAUUCCAGGGAAGGCUAAUACUCUCUGGGAAGGUGGGCUUUUCAAAAUCGACUUGAUUUUCCCCGAUGGUGAGUGGCGCAACACAUCCAUGACUACUGAAGAUCAUUAUACUAAUCCAGGUAUUUUCACGCUUCUAGAAUACCCUACCAAACCCCCCAAAUGCAAAUUCACGCCGGCACUUUUCCACCCUAAUGUCUACCCUUCCGGAACGGUUUGCCUGUCAAUUCUGAAUGAGGAGGAGGGUUGGCGACCUGCGAUCACUAUUAAGCAGCUCUUGCUCGGCAUCCAAGAUCUCUUGGAUGACCCGAACCCCGAGUCACCUGCACAGGCUGAGGCCUACAACCUCUUCAAGAAGGACCGCCCUCAAUACGAACGGAGAGUUCGCAUGGUUGUGAAGGAAAAUCAGCCCAACUAG